UUGAAUAUAAAUUUAAAAUUUAAUAUUGUUUAUAUUUUAAACACUAACGCUCGUUGCCAGAGCUGGCAACCCUACUGCCCGCUCUCUCUCUUUUCGGCUCUCAUUCGGUGUUGCAAAAUACCGCUCGGCCAGUGCUGCUCAACUCGCGACCGCCGUCUGAUUUUUUAGCUGCUAAAAAUGUUUUGUGUGUGUUUGUUUAAUGUUUCUGUUGCUUAAGAGCGCAAAAGAAAUGCUGAAACUAAAUGAAAAUGAUGUGAAAAGCGGAGCCUAAUGUGUGUGCGCAAUGCAUUUCCUCGCAAAGAGCGAGGAUCGAACCCUGCCGCCCCCGCUUUCCCCCCCCGCGAAUCGUUAAACGCGCCAGGAAAUGAGAAAUCAUAAAAGAUUAUGAACGAAAUGUGAAUAUAUACAUGUGUUUUUGCCGACGCGGUGUGUGUAGAAUAACAACAAGUUCUGGCCAUGUUUAUCAGUCUUUGAAUAGAAAGCAGCGGCCAAAUAAAUAAACCAAAAAACGAAAAUGCGCGACAACUAGUGUAAAUUUGUGUUGUUGUUGUUGUUGUUGUCGGAACCCCCGCCUCUCGCACACACACACGCACGCUCUCCCACUCACACACACACACACGCAGCCUCCAAGGAAAACUAAAAGUUCCGCAAACAUAAUUAUAAAUAAAAAAAAAAUUGGAAAUUCAAAAAAAUCAAAAUUAUUAAGGAUUUAAAGAAUUUGGAUUUACUAAAGCCACAAAAUGCAGGCCAAAAAGCGUUAUAUACUGGUCUUCGUCUCAUGCGCUUUUUUGGCCUACGCCUAUUUUGGAGGAUAUCGCCUGAAAGUUUCGCCCUUGAGACCCCGUAGAGCCCAGCACGAAUCGGCCAAAGAUGGAGGCGUCCAACCCCACGAGCAGUUGCCCAGUUUUAUUGGUUCCCCCGAACUGCAAGAACUUAAGCUACUGCAGGGUAAUCAAUCGAAGAGCACGGGCAACCCGAUAAAAAAACACCAGGUAACUCCACGUAAACCCGACUGCCGCAUGGAGACCUGUUUCGACUUUACGCGCUGCUACGAUCGCUUUUUGGUCUACAUCUAUCCACCGGAACCCCUCAACUCCCUGGGCGCCGCCCCGCCCACCUCGGCCAACUAUCAAAAGAUUCUCACUGCCAUUCAGGAAUCGAGAUAUCACACCAACGAUCCCUCAGCCGCCUGUCUUUUUGUGCUCGGUAUCGAUACUCUGGAUCGGGACUCACUAUCCGAGGACUACGUCCGGAAUGUCCCAUCCAGAUUGGCGAGAUUGCCGUAUUGGAAUAACGGACGAAACCACAUCAUUUUCAACCUGUAUUCAGGCACCUGGCCGGAUUACGCGGAGAACUCGCUGGGUUUCGAUGCGGGGGAGGCCAUUUUGGCCAAGGCCAGCAUGGGAGUGCUCCAGCUGCGACACGGAUUCGAUGUCAGCAUACCGCUCUUCCACAAACAAUUUCCGCUGAGGGCCGGCGCCACGGGCUCCGUGCAGUCCAACAAUUUUCCCGCCAACAAGAAGUAUCUGCUGGCCUUCAAGGGCAAGCGCUACGUGCACGGAAUUGGUUCGGAGACGCGGAACUCGCUCUUCCAUUUGCACAACGGACGCGACAUGGUCCUGGUCACCACCUGUCGCCACGGGAAGAGUUGGCGGGAGCUGCAGGAUAAUCGUUGCGACGAGGACAACCGCGAGUACGACAGGUACGACUACGAGACCUUACUGCAAAAUUCCACUUUCUGCUUGGUGCCGCGCGGACGUCGUUUGGGUUCCUUUAGAUUCCUCGAAGCCUUGCAGGCUGGUUGCAUUCCCGUACUAUUGUCCAAUGCCUGGGUGUUGCCGUUUGAAUCGAAAAUCGAUUGGAAGCAGGCUGCCAUUUGGGCCGAUGAGCGCCUCCUGCUGCAGGUGCCCGAUAUCGUGCGCUCCAUAUCGGCAGAACGCAUCUUCGCCCUGCGCCAGCAGACACAGGUCCUGUGGGAACGCUACUUCGGCUCCAUCGAGAAAAUCGUCUUCACAACAUUCGAGAUCAUACGCGAACGACUGCCGGAUUAUCCGGUGCGGAGCAGUCUGGUGUGGAACAGCUCGCCGGGCGCCCUCCUCACGCUGCCCACCUUCGCCGACAGUUCAAGGUACAUGCCAUUUCUGUUGAACUCGAUGGGUGCGGAGCCGCGUCACAACUACACGGCGGUUAUUUACGUGCAGAUUGGCGCCGCCCUGGGUCCGAAUGCAGCGCUCUACAAGCUAGUCAGGACCAUCACAAAGAGCCAGUUCGUGGAGCGGAUCCUCGUCCUUUGGGCAGCCGAUCGACCGCUGCCCUUGAAGAAACGCUGGCCCCCCACCAACCACAUACCCUUGCACGUGAUUUCCUUGGGGGGCAGCCAGAAGCCGAGAAGCCAUGAAGCUGGACCCACAAGCCAGACGACUGAGGGACGACCGAGCAUAUCACAACGAUUCCUGCCCUACGAAGAGAUUCAAACGGACGCUGUGCUGUCGCUGGAUGAAGAUGCCAUACUCAACACGGAUGAGCUGGACUUUGCCUACACGGUGUGGAGGGAUUUUCCCGAACGCAUUGUUGGCUAUCCGGCCAGGGCCCACUUUUGGGAUGAUUCCAAGAAUGCCUGGGGCUAUACGUCCAAGUGGACGAACUACUAUUCGAUUGUGCUAACGGGGGCGGCCUUCUACCACCGCUACUACAACUACUUGUACACCAACUGGCUGUCGUUGCUGCUACUUAAGACUGUACAGCAGUCCUCCAACUGCGAGGACAUCCUAAUGAACCUGCUGGUCUCGCACGUGACCAGGAAGCCGCCGAUCAAGGUGACGCAGCGCAAGGGCUACAAGGAUCGGGAGACGGGACGCUCGCCCUGGAACGAUCCCGAUCACUUUAUCCAGCGCCAGAGCUGCUUGAACACCUUCGCGGCGGUCUUUGGCUAUAUGCCGCUGAUACGUUCCAAUUUGCGCAUGGAUCCCAUGCUGUAUCGUGAUCCAGUUUCCAAUUUGCGCAAGAAAUAUCGCCAGAUCGAGUUGGUCGGCAGCUAGCGAUAUGUGCAACCUGGCAAUAGCUACAAGCGUUAAGAGUACUGAAUACAUUUACACCACACAUCCACAGCAAUACCAAUACCAAUACCAAUACUAAUACCAAUACGAACACACACACACCCACAAACAGCCACACAUAAGUUUAGAUGAAAUGCGGUUUUUUCGACGCUGGCCAAGCGAUGCAAGAACUAUGUUAAUUAUUAUUAGUAGCGAAAGGAAGGAACUUAGUUAGGAGCCAACGGGCGUUUGUAAAUGUAUGUAUGUGUACAUCGAUGUAAGCAUCCGGCAUCCUUUGCAAUUAUAUAUGCAGUGUGUAUAUAUAGACUCUAAAUACGAUUAUGUGAAUUAGCCUAGUUAACUGCAAGCGAAGCGAACGAUUUUGCCAUCUUUUUUGCUAAUUUCAAAUUAGCUGCGCUUAGCAAAUUUUCUAUACGCAUACAUAUGUAAAUGGAUAUAUAUAUAUGUUUAGGGACAUAAGUAGCCGAUUUUUUGUACUGUGUGAGUUGAGUUUUGUAUGUGUAAAUGUUUGUAUGUCCUUGUUGCAACUCUCCGUGUAUAGUUAGUGAUUUAUCAAUGUAAACGUGUGUGGACAUGGCAAAGUCGUCUCCUUUUCAUUUUUUAAUUCCAAUCGGAGGUUCCUCGAGUUCCGUAUAGAUAACUAUCCGACUGUAUCUUCUGAUUAUCCGUGGCCAUUUUGGAACUGCAGCAGCAACAAGCACCGGAGACCGAAUCGAACUCUUUCCAGGCCAUUCAGAAAUAUGUGCACAAAAUCCGUAGAGGAGAAGCAAUUAACUAAUGCUAAGUUUAACGAUUAAGUAGCUUUCCAUUUCCAAUUUGUUAUGUGCAAUUUUUUAUUUGGACAACUCAGCUUUUAGUUCUUAACGUGGCCAUUUAUUGAAGUACGUAAAUCAAUUACCAAUAGGCAAUCAACUUUUAAUCACUCGCGCAUAUCAAAAAGAAAGUGUUUUUAGUUUAAGCAAACACAAGGAAAUUCUAUACAUAUACUAAGCUUAAAGUAUAUUUCUAUACCUAUUUUUUACAACAAAUAUACACGAUUGCAGAUGAAUUGUA